UCGCGUCGCGUUUUCCCCUCCGCUCAUCGGCUGCCGGUAAUAAUUUGCCCGAAGUCCAAGAUCGAAGGAACGUUUUUAUGUAAUACUGACGUUUAAAUUCACAAUGGUGCGGAAGGAAGAUCGGCAGGGGAGGAAGUGCGCGACCGAGAGGACUGGACUAAUGAGCCUGCAGUUGAAUUGACUCAACGACUCAACUGGGUCAGCGUCGUCUGGCAGCUUCCGUUGGCAUAUGAAUGACUUAAAAUAUUAAUCUUAUGAUUGAUCCCAGUUGAAGUUUUUGGCCAAAAGUUAAUGGCGAAAGUUUUAUGCGAUUUUCGGUUCCUUUUGUUGGUGGCAGCUGGGGUAUUCAUCUACAUCCAGAUGAGGCUUUUCGCCACGCAAUCCGAAUAUGCGGAUCGCCUCGCUGCUGCUAUUGAAGCUGAAAACCACUGUACAAGUCAAAUGAGAUCGCUGAUUGAUCAAAUUAGCUUGCAACAAGGACGGAUUGUGGCCUUAGAAGAGGAGAGGAAGCUUCGAGACACAGAGUGUGGACAGAUGAAAUCUCUUGUUCAAGAUCUUGAAAGGAAAGGACUGCAGAGGCUGAUUGACAAAGAACAGGUCCCAGUGGCAGCUGUUGUGAUCAUGGCAUGCAACCGUGCUGAUUAUCUAGAGAGGACUAUUAACUCUGUGUUGAAAUAUCAAAGAUCCCUUUCUUCAAAAUAUCCAUUAUUUAUAUCCCAGGAUGGAUCAGAUCCAAGUGUCAAGAGCAAGGCUUUGAGCUACGAUCAGUUAACUUAUAUGCAGCACUUGGAUUUUGAACCAGUGCAAACUGAAAGGCCAGGGGAGUUAAUAGCUUAUUACAAGAUUGCACGUCAUUACAAGUGGGCUCUGGAUCAGCUAUUCUAUAAGCAUAAUUUCAGCCGGGUAAUCAUUCUUGAAGAUGACAUGGAAAUAGCACCUGAUUUCUUUGAUUACUUUGAAGCUGCAUCAACUAUUCUUGACAAGGAUAGGUCCAUUUUGGCGGUUUCCUCAUGGAAUGACAAUGGGCAAAAACAGUUCGUACAUGAUCCUUAUGAACUUUAUCGGUCAGACUUCUUUCCUGGAUUAGGAUGGAUGCUUAACAAAUAUACAUGGGAUGAGCUAUCACCAAAAUGGCCAAAGGCUUAUUGGGAUGACUGGUUGAGAUUAAAAGAAAAUCACAAAGGGCGACAAUUUAUCCGUCCAGAAGUAUGCAGAACAUAUAAUUUUGGCGAGCAUGGUUCUAGUUUGGGACAAUUUUUUAAGCAAUAUCUUGAGCCAAUUAAAUUGAAUGAUGUCCAGGUUAAUUGGAAGUCAAUGAACUUGAGCUAUUUGCUGGAGGACAAAUAUAUCAAGCACUUCUCAGACAUUGUUAAAAAAGCUAAACCUGUAUAUGGAGCUGGCUUAGUUCUAAAGGCAUAUAAUAUAGAUGGUGAUGUGCGUAUUAAGUAUAAAGAUCAGUCUGACUUUGAAAACAUUGCACGCCAGUUUGGUAUUUUUCAAGAAUGGAAGGAUGGUGUGCCCAGGACCGCCUAUAAGGGAAUAGUCGUUUUCAGAUAUCAAACCCCAAGACGUAUAUUCCUUGUUGGUCCAGAAUCAUUGAAUCUGCUUGGGAUAGAAGAUGCUUAAUUAUGGAUGAGGUAAAUGAACACUCAUACCCCACCCACGAUCACCUUAGAAAAAAUGGUUAUUUUGGGACAGUAUAGAAGGAGCUACCGAUUCGAGGGUCCUCUUCUGCUUGCUAUUUUACUUCAGCUGUGCAGUGAUUAUAUUUGUGGUCCAAUGCAAGUGUUAGUAGUGACUAAUCAGCAUUGAUAUUGAGCUUUGUCAAAUGACUGCCGAAAUAAAUACAUCGCAGUGCGCUGAAAUUGUUCCAGCGUUUGAUAUGAAACUGUAAUGGAACUCAAAUCAUGGGCAUCUUUUAUCAUGUAGAGCCGCCCCUGCCUAAGUUGACCGUUUUGUCUCGAUUCUUUUAUUUUACAAUAUAAUAUAAUGCUUAUUGCUUUUGUCUUA